AUGUAUUGUUUGUGGAACGCGCAGAUCUGUCUUGUUUUUUUCUGUUCUGUUUAAUCGAAGUGUAUUCAACUCAUAAAAAAAAAACAACAAAAUGGAUGCUAAGAAAUUAAACAUUCUAUUCGAUGAAAAUAUGGAGGAAACAUACCCAGAUAAUUAUUCUAACUAUUCAGGGGAAUCAAAUUGCGAACUUGUCUGCUCGAGGGCGGUGAAGGAAUUGCUCGAGCAUUCUGUAGAAGUCGAAGUUUUCACCAAGAUUUUUCAAAUUAAGGACGAACAAAUAAAGAAUGCGAAUGAUAAGAUAACAGAGCUUCAGAAAAAAAUAUGUUUUUACGAGGAACGGAUAAACAUUUGCAACCAGAAAAUUAAAGAGAAGGACGAAUUAUUAACCUCAUUGUCGGCAGGUUCAACGUCAAUUAAAAAUACAAUCGAUAAUUUAAUGGAUUUGCUAAAGAAAAAUCAGCAAAACAAUUAUGAAACUGAUGAACAUAAGGUUCCAAUUGAUUAUUUAAAUGAUGAGGACAUUUCCGAAAUCGAAAACAUAUCUCAAAAAGAGACUAGUACAGAACUCAAUAAACUGUCUACUAAUAAGAUCAAUAAACCAACUAAAUCCACCAUCAACAAAUUAGAGGAAACAAUUAAAAAUUUAUCUGACAAAGUCAUUGAGAAAGACGAAAAAUUGUCGGAUUUAAUUAAAAAGCUUGACGAUUUUGAAAAUGGUUUACGAAUUUGCAUUCCGUAUGGCACAGCGAAUGCAUUAAUGUUCAUUCCACAUACACCACCUUUUAAAGUUAAUGUGGAAGAAUUUGGUAAACUUGGUUAUAUUAUUAUUCAAAAUCGGACCAACGAAACAUAUAGCUUUAAAAGAAGUUUACAAGAAUACUGCGAAGGAUUUGGUAAAUCUCGCGACGAUUUUUGGAUUGGAUUGGAAACAAUUCACAAAAUAACAAACUAUCAACCACAUGUUCUUAGAAUUCAAUUAUGGGACUAUAGCGAAGAACAAUAUUUUGCUGAAUAUGACAACUUUGUUGUUGGCGGGAAAGAUGAAAACUACAAGCUAAAGUCAUUGGGUGAUUACAAAGGAAAUGCCGGCGAUAUGAUGCGUUUUAAUGAAAAUAAGGAAUUCCAGGUGUGCCCCAAAUUAGGGGGGGGUGGUGGAGCCAAGAGGUUGAAGCUUCAAAUUGCAAUUUAAACGGGGAACUGUCUGAUAAAGCAAUAACCAAUAAGUUUGAUUUCAUUUAUUGGGGACUGAUGAAUUGGGGAAAAUCGUGCCACAAUAUUGCUUAUGUUCAAAUCGGAAUAACUCCUAAAGCCGCUUACCUUAAAAAAGAACUUACAACUAUAAAAUCUAAUCGCUGAAUUGGUAAAAGAAA